GUGACACCCUUUCGCACGUUGGGUUGAGACACGGCAAGCAAGGAAUAUGAACAGGAAAACAAGGCGCUGGAUCUUCCACAUCUUUCUGAGCCUGGGGAUUGUGUACAUCAAGAUCGGGGGUUUUUCCUCUGUGGUAGCCCUAGGAGCCAGCAUCAUCUGUAACAAGAUCCCAGGGCUUGCCCCCCGGCAGCGGGCGAUCUGCCAGAGCAGACCGGACGCGAUCAUCGUCAUCGGGGAAGGGUCCCAGAUGGGCAUCAAUGAGUGCCAGUUCCAGUUUCGCAACGGGCGCUGGAAUUGCUCUGCCUUGGGAGAGAGGACCGUCUUUGGGAAGGAGCUGAAAGUGGGUAGCAGGGAAGCAGCAUUCACCUACGCGAUCAUCGCUGCUGGCGUGGCACACGCCAUCACAGCAGCCUGUACACAGGGCAACCUCAGUGACUGUGGCUGUGACAAGGAAAAACAGGGACAAUACCACAAAGAGGAAGGCUGGAAGUGGGGAGGCUGCUCGGCUGACAUCAGAUACGGAAUAGGAUUCGCCAAAGUGUUUGUGGACGCACGGGAAAUCAAGCAAAAUGCCAGGACACUGAUGAACCUGCACAACAAUGAGGCUGGGAGGAAGAUUCUGGAAGAAAACAUGAAGUUGGAGUGCAAGUGCCACGGGGUCUCGGGAUCCUGUACCACAAAAACAUGCUGGACAACCCUGCCAAAAUUCCGGGAUCUCGGCUACAUCCUGAAGGACAAAUACAACGAAGCCGUCCAGGUGGAACCCGUGAGAGCGAGUCGCAACAAGCGCCCGACCUUCCUCAAGAUAAAGAAGCCCCUUUCCUACCGCAAACCCAUGGAUACAGAUCUGGUGUACAUAGAGAAAUCUCCCAAUUAUUGUGAAGAAGACCCCAUCACUGGCAGCGUGGGGACGCAGGGGAGGAUGUGCAACAAGACAGCCCAGCAGUCCAAUGGCUGCGACCUGAUGUGCUGUGGCCGAGGUUACAACACCCACCAGUACUCCAGAGUCUGGCAGUGCAACUGCAAGUUCCACUGGUGCUGCUAUGUGAAAUGCAACACGUGCAGCGAAAGGACAGAGGUGUACACCUGUAAGUGAGCGGGGGCCUGGGCAGGGUGACACCUCUCUGGCCACCAAUACCUUUGCACAUGCACCCAAGAUCCCUACAGAGGGCUGUAGGAGGGACCUGCUCUCCCCACGGAAAGGCUGAGGAUUGGAGCCCUCUCGUUUCGCCUCUUGUUUUGAUGCUCAGGUGGAGAAGCAGUUCAGACUCUUUAUGAAAGUCAGGCAAGAAACACAACUACACCAAUCCCACCCCCAGCUGCUAGACAUAUGAAACAGGGAGAAAAAGAUCAUCUCAGCUGAUUUGUGCCUCUAAAGCAAGAAACAGGGACUGCCUUGGGAAGGGACAGCACUUGUGGAGAGAGCUCUGAGCACGCACUGACUCUGGGCUUGGAGCAGAGCAAAAGCUUCAGUGUCCAGGGGUAGGGGAGGAAUCCUCACCAAAGGACUUUGCUCCUGCUGGGAUGGGCGGGCCCCAGAGUGACUUGCCCAUGGGAAUGAUGUAGAUUUAGGCUUCUGUACACUGGUGAAAAGCUUCUGUGGGUCUCAC